AUGGAGAAACUUCCUACAAUCAUUUUACCUGGGGCUGAAGUACCGUCGUCCAGUCCGAGAGCGGCCAGCUCGUUAGGUUCUUUGGAGAAGCUGCAAACUAGUAUUAGAAAUUCUCCGCUACGCCUUGGCGGAAUCCGUCUGCGCUGUCCUCGCCCUCAACAGUUGGUGGAUGAGUUUUACGUAAAGCGUCUGGGGAUGCAGGAGCUGGCGCUGAGCUCUUUGGGAAACAAAGCAGGCUGCGGCGGGGCAUUGGGGUUCUCCUUUGUGCUCCCACCGAGGUCUCAGCUUCACCAAGUGCUGCAGCAGCUGUCACUUCGCUCCCAACACAGACGGAGCAGCAGCUCUAGUAGCAGAGCAGACAUAGCCAGCUCUUUGGCGGAUGAAGUGGGGGGGAGUGGAAAGUUGUCUUUGAAGGAGAACGAAGUUAACCCUAGCGGGGUUUCCAGUAGACGCACUAGCUUUGGGAGCCAGUAUUCAAGCAGGAACGUCGGGAAUUUUCCAGCGUUGUCGGGAAGUCGUUUCGCAGCAUUUGAGUUCUUCUCGCCGGCAGAAAUUGAUAGUAUGCUUGCCGAAGCAUCCGAAUCUGCAGAUAAUCACCCAUCAUUGAGCAUCAAGCCCAAGAAUUGGCUGAGACAUCCUGGUGGUCAGUUUGUGCUGGAGUUUGUCCCGGUGCAGAAGGUGGGGGGAAUGUAUAAGCCAUUCGAGAACCACGCGUGUGACGCGUUUACCCACUUGGCCUUCAGCGUCUGCGACGUUGAUGCAGUUGCAGUGGAUUUAUCGCAACAUAUGGUUCGCGUACAGCCAGCUGGGCAAUUCUUGGAUAUGGCCUAUGCUGCCAGUUUCACAGACCCUCAAAAUUUUACUGGCCGCCUACUGCAGUACAUGAGUGAAUAUAAAAUGGCCUCGUUGAAGGCACUUUUAAGUGGGGAGUCACGACAUUCUUCUUCACCAGAACCACCGCCAGAUGACCCUGAAGAACGCAGGAAGCUUAACCAGGGGCCUCCUGACACAUCAGUAGGAUCGAAGGAUGAGGCGGACACUACACAUCCGUAUCCGUUUCCGUCUCCUCAAAGCAGCUGCUGUUCAUUAUCAGUACCGGGUUCUGUUGCGUCUUCUUUCUUCUCUAACGAACGAGAUGGCUGUUUGCCAGCACCCACACCAGAGGAGGUUAAAGCCGUCGAGUUAUCGGACAGCUCUUCGCCCUCUUUUCGCUUUGAUACGCUUCCUCUGCAAAAGCUUCCCGUCCUCCAUCACAUUGAGAUUUCUGUUGCGGACGUGAAGAAGACGCUUGCAUUUUACGAAAACGUGUUGGGAAUGACGCUGAUAGACAAGAAGACAGCGCAUGGCUUUGGUUUCACUCUUUACUUCCUUUCACUUGAAGCCCCAACAAACACUUCACUUCAUUACUGGUUGUGGACCCAGCGAUUCUCUACAAUCUGCAUUAAAGUACACACAGAUGGUACUCCGGUGAAAGACUACGAGGACCUCCAGCCACAUGAGUGCGGCUUUUUGGGCAUUUCAUUUCUCUGCGCAGAAAGUGAAGGAGCGAACCUUCUAAAAAGAAUAAAAUCAUACAAUAUUGGAGUUGAUACUGUCGAUGACGAGGUAUAUGGACAGCAAGUUCUGUUGCUAAGAGAUCCACAAAAUAUUCCAAUACGUAUUGCACUGACGAACUAA